CUUUCCUUGAGAAUUCCUUAAGAUAACGCCCGACUUUCCAUAGCUUCCCAAAAGUUUGCUUCCUCACGAUCAGUCGAUCACAUGAGGAACCAUGGCGGAUCCUCGCCCCAAAAUGGUUAUUCUGUGACAUUUACUUGAAAAUGGUUCGAAAGCUGCCUUGGUCGGGUGGUUCGGAGGUAUCACGACGGAAGACCGCCUCAGCCAGGACGUCGUUUAAUGCAUCCAAGUCGCGAAGCGAUGGCGCUUCUCCCAGCGCUUCCGCCGAAUAUACUGAUGAGUAUCACCGUUCAAAAGAUGCACGUCGGCAAAUGUCGUCCUCGCCGAUACCAGCACCGCCAGAGGAAGAGUUCAUGAUUGAAGGCCUUGAUGGUGACGAUGCUUGGAUAAUGGUCGAGGACGAGUUUCUGAGCACCGCGCAACUAUUCACGCGGCACCUCCACCACGCAGAGUACAAACGACUCAAAACACGCGUCAGCAGCCAGAGUUCCUCGGUUAUACAAUCCAUUACACGUCAUAUAGUACCAGGCUCAACAUUAGGAGGCGAAUCGAGAAAACGAAACGACGCGUUUGCUCCGAAAGACCGGCAGCAAGAGGCGUUCGGCCGCAUGGAUGACGAGGGCGACAGUGAGAGCGAGGAGCUGUGGCUACGGGACUCGAACUUGGCAGGGCUGAUGUCCGGGCCAAAAGAGUCUUCACAGGAGCUCGCGGCGCUGGCGGGAUUCAGGUCGAGAAGCCGGGCCUCUGCUAGAGUGCCUCUUGACUUCUCAAUGGGAUUAUCGACCAAGAGACGGAGAGACGACAAAGAUGAUAUCGUACAACUACGAAGCUCGCAUCCAACUGUCCAGCCGGAGUCAUCGACAGCAACGAAAGAGCUCCGUCGAGAAGAUUUAUCACGGCGGGAAUACAGAGAUCUACGAAGACCGCCACCAGUGAGCACAGGCGGCCACAAUUACACCAUACCGGAACGCUCCGAGGCCAAAUACUCAUCGAGGGCAGAGUCUUCGCACCCCAAGUAUGCUGGGUCCGGCAUUGAACCUCACAUCAAGCAGGAGGAAGGCUCACUUACGGCACCAGAGCGAUUCGCGAAGCGAAGGGCGGGAAUGGCGAGGAAGGAGAAGGAGAAAAUGGUACCGAAGACUGGACGUGGGGAUGAGAUGCCGACUUUCAUGUUUUAGAUAUAACGAAGGACACCAAGCUCUGACAUAGAUACC